UAAGCGCCCUUCUGCUUUAUGUCUGAACUGCUGAGUGCGAGCCCCAUUCUGUGGGUUUACUGCCGAUUGGGGGAGGCUGUCGAGCCGCCUCCUAUGAUUCGUCAACCCGCUCUGGCGAGUGGCUGCGGCCGCUGUCAAUCACUGGGCUCCAAAGGCUGGGCUCCGGGAGCGGCAGCGGUAGGCAACCGCAUCCUGGUCUCGGCUAGCGAGCAGCUGCUUUCCUCUUUAUGAAUCAUCUUUCUCCGAGCAUUGCAUACAAGGUUACCAUUGCGAAAGUUCCUUCCUUCCUUCCUCCAACCCUCCCGCUUAACUGAAACAGGGAGAAAAGACAGGCUCGGACCCAAGGAAAAAGCCUUCAGUGAGUGGAUGGAAGCAUGAAUGUGGUUCACACUAACUGACGGAAUAAUUUGUCGGUUGCCAUGACAGCCAGCCAUUGCAGUCACUUGACUGAGGUCCUUCCAGACUGCACUAGCUUAGUACCUUUAGUAAAAACAGUGGAAGAUUCUGAUAUCGUGAAUGGGCAGCCACAAUAUGUGAUGCAAGUUUCAGCUAAAGACGGGCAGUUACUAUCAACAGUGGUUAGGACGCUGAACACACACAGCACCCUCCAUGACCGACCUAUGUGCCGGAUUUGCCAUGAAGGCAGCAAUCAGGAAGAUCUGCUCUCCCCCUGUGAAUGUACAGGAACUCUAGGAACUAUUCAUAGAAGCUGCCUAGAGCAUUGGCUUUCAUCUUCAAACACCAGUUACUGUGAACUCUGCCACUUCAAGUUUUCAGUGGAGCGUAAACCUAGACCAUUAAUAGAGUGGUUAAGAAAUCCAGGCCCACAACAUGAGAAGCGGACUUUGUUUGGAGAUAUUGUGUGCUUCCUGUUUAUAACCCCACUAGCCACAAUUUCUGGCUGGCUGUGUUUGCGAGGUGCCGUGGAUCAUCUACACUUCAGCAGCCGACUAGAAGCAGUUGGACUCAUUGCACUAACCACUGCACUGUUCACUAUUUAUCUAUUUUGGACUUUAGUUUCAUUCCGUUAUCACUGUCGAUUGUACAAUGAGUGGCGUCGAACCAAUCAAAGAAUUAUACUGCUUACACCAAAGCCAUCAGAUGCAUCACCUUCUCAACAAUUACUUCUUGGUCUGCAUCCGCUGAAAAGGAACUCAAAAGAGACAAUUAUGCUCAAGUUCAGGAUUUGAGAGAAGAGGAAUGAUCUUUUUGGAAUUUGAUGCCAGUGUAUUUCAAGAAUGUGCAUCAUGUCUGUGGUCAUGAUUUUGUGACUCAUACUUUCUCAGAACUUCUCAUGACCUGAAUGAAAUUACUAUCCAGCAAAACUUUAGUUUUGUGCCUACUGAUGCAUGUUCACUUUUGAAACUGUAAUAAUUUAUUUACAGUUUUUGUAUUAACCAGAAACAGUACAUAUCAAAAUAAAAUCUGAAGUACAAAAAUUAUAUCCUUCAAUAAUUAUGUUUCACAUGUUAUUCUAUCCUUAUUGAUGGAACAUAAAUGAUGACAUUUCUUCUUUCGAGUCAUAGGAUAUACUGCACAAAAGGAAGCCAUUCUGCCCAUUAUAUCUAUGAUAGCUUGUUUUUGGAACUCUCUAAUUGCCUUUUCUACUGUCAGGAAAACAACCCUGGCUUCUCCUGUGUAUGAAUUACUUUGAACCUGCUGUCAUUUUACCUAAUCUUCUACAUCCUCUUCAAGGCCUUAACAUCCAGCCUAAUGCACAGAACCUAGACUGAACUCGCAGCACUCCAGGUGAAGCCUAGCCGAUGUUUCUUUCAAGUAUAACAUAAAUUGCUUUUUGUGCUCUAGAUAAUUUGUAAUCAACCUGUUCAUAGAUGUUAUUACACACCUCUUGAGCAGGUGCAGCUUGAACCUGGGCCUCCUUGACCACAGGUAUUGGCACUACCACUGCAUCAUAAGAGUUCUUUGUUUUAUAUUUUAUUCCUCUACUAAUAUACCCACAGCUAACAAGCUUCUCAACUUGUCGUGCUGCAAGUUAAAUAUUGGUAGUUAAACACUCCCAUGGGUUUUUUGUUAUUGCAGCUCCGUUCAAGAUAUACUACCUCCCCUCCAUUCUUCCUGCUGAAGUAUAUCACCUUGAACUUCUGUGUAAUGCUA